AUGCCAGAUUCACCAGACCCUCACCCGCGGCGGCGCCACCGCUCGCCCUCCGGCUCGCCCGCUCCACCUCGCGACCGCCGCGACCGAGAGCGAGAGCGAGAGCGAUUCCGCGACUCCUCGCGCGACAACAGAUCCCACCGCCACGACAGCCACCGCAGCUCACGCAGAGACAGCUCCCGCCGCCGCGAGCACCGUCGCUCGUCGCGCAGUCCCAACGACCGUGAGCGAAGCCGCCGGGACGACGACAGCCACCACCACGACCGAGAUCGAGACCGAGACCGAGACCGCCACCGCCGUCGACACCGGGACUACGACGAUGAAGACUCCUCCCACCGAUCCUCGCAUCGCCGCCGUCGCGAUCGCGACACCAGCAGAGACAGAACCAAGCCCCCCUCUUCCUCCCGCCGACACCGCGACAGUCCCUCGCGCUCCCGCUCCCGCUCCCGCAGUCCACACACCACCACCGCCGCGCCCUCCGCCCCAAUCCGCUCCUCCAAGCCCCUCCCCUCCCAACAAACCGCCUACACCACCGACCUCACCCCCUCAGACUCCCAAGCCCCGGCCGCCGAAGUCGAAAAAGAAAAACCCAACUUCGGCACGACCGGCCGCCUCGCCGCCGAAAGCAACACCGUCACCGUCCACGGCGGCGGCAGCGGCAACGGCCCCACGACCGUCGUGCUCAAAUACCACGAACCGCCGGAGGCCCGCAAACCGCCGGCCAAGGACAGCUGGCGGCUGUAUGUGUUCAAGGGCCAGGACCUGCUGGAGAUGGUGGAGCUGAACGUCCGCAGCUGCUGGCUGGUGGGGCGGGAGCAUUUGGUGGUGGAUUUCCCGCUGGAGCAUCCGAGCUGCUCGAAGCAGCACGCGGCGAUCCAGUUCCGGUUCGUCGAGAAGAAGAACGAGUACGGGGACCGGAUCGGGCGCGUCAAGCCCUACGUGAUCGAUCUGGAGAGCGCGAAUGGGACCACGGUCAAUGGGGACAGGAUCCCCGCGGGCCGGUUUGUGGAGAUUAUGGAUAAGGAUGUCUUGCGGUUUGGGUUGAGUUCGAGGGAGUAUGUGCUUAUGUUGACGAAGCCGGAGUAA